AUGGACGUCAUGCCAGGUCCAGACGACAAGAGCUACGAGUUCCGUUGUUCCAACUGCAAUCGAGGCGGCAACAACUUCUAUUUCAAACAUUCUCCAAAGACAUGGAAGGAGAUGAUACACACCUCUCUCUACAACCUGGAGAGGGAGAAGAGAUACAGGUUCUCACAUUACCGUGAGGUGAUAUCAUAUGUCAACAAGCAUCCACAGUUCCUGCUGUCAGAUCGUGACAAAGAGAUGGGAAAGAUGAAGAAUGUUAUAACAGCUACAUUGUCCUACAAUAGGAAGUUGUUUGUAUCAUUCGCAAGAGACUCUGGAAUGUGGUCCAAUUGGAGAUAUGGUGAUAGGGUCUGUGAGGAUGAUCGUGGACUUCUAACAUGGAAGGACAAUGUAUAUGAAAAGGAGAUGAAAUCCAAGAUACAGACCGGCUACAAACUAGAGUGCAAGUCUUGUCUAAAGAUUGUUCCAUUCUUAUUGAUUGACUUGCAUGGCACUAAUGUAUUGCCAGGUCCUUUGGACAAUCGAUAUGACUUCAAGUGUCAGUAUUGCUCCCCAAAUAUGAAGCCAACCAUCAUCCAUCAAUCAAAGUCAUGGAAGGAGGUUGCCCACACUGCCUUGUUUAACCUUGAGUUGGACAAGAGAUAUAGGUUCUCUCAUCAGAUUGAGAUUGCCACCUAUGUCAAGGAUCAUCCCGAGGCAUUCUCCUUCAACAGGGAGAUAGAGAAUAUAAAGAAUAGACUGUCUACAGUGUUGUCAAGGUACAAGAAGUCCUUUACUUCAAUUGGAAGAUACACUGGAAUGUGGUCUAAUUGGAAGGAGGGUGAUGAGUCCUUGAAGGAGUUGAUGUUGGAUGAUGAGGAGUCGGAAGAAGAUCAUUCAAGUACACUUCUCGACAUCAAUGGCAAUCCAGUUGUCGGCUCUCCUCCAAGAGUUGGAUCAAAGUCACCUGGCGCCGCUUCCCAUCAUCUUCAUGACACCAAAUAUCGACAACAACAACAACAGAGCGAUGAUGGCACAUCAAUCAAACGAUCACAAUCCACACCGAGCAGUAUUUCCAAGCUCAAUGCACCUGGAUCAUACUCCACCCCUAGCCAUACAUCACAGUCAUCCUCGCCAAGCCACUAUAUCACGUCGCCAUCGAUGAAUGACUCGCCAUACCAGUCUGUGCACUCGAACAAUGGAUUGUACAGCAACACCAACAACAAUGGAGAUACACUCAACUCCCCCAAGCUGCUGCCAGACUCGUCCACCACUACUCCUCUGCUCAGCAACUCACCGAAUGUCAGCUACUAUCCUUCACCCAUCUUCCAUCACCCUGGUACCACUCCCAACUUUGGCUAUAGCAACUAUCUGAGUUUCAAGCGACUGGACAGUGGCAGUGGCGUGGUCAACAGCCUGCCACAAGAGUGUUGCAUCUGUCAAAAGUCCAAGACGCCUCUGAUCAAAUGUCGUUCGUUGAACCCCUGUGCCAGACAAUACUGCCAAGAUUGUCUUGUAGAGCUGUACCCCAACAUGUUACCCAAGCUCAACUAUCCACAUGAAUGGUCAUGUCCAUCAUGUUUGACUGGUGGUAACACUGGCAACACUACCGGCAAUGCUCCAUUCCAGACAUAUAUUACAAACAUCAAUCUACAUACUCCAAACAGCUCAUAUAUUGUAUUUAAUCAGCAGCAACAACAGCAACAACAACAACUCUUACAACAACAACAACAACAACAACAACAACAACAACAGUACCAGCAACAACAACAAGGAUAUCAACAUUUACACACAACCUCCAAGCGUAAUUUGGUCGAGGCCAGACUGUGCACUGAGUUCCCACCAAACAGCAUCAACAACAACAACAAUAAGGACAAGAGAUUAAGAUCAAGUCUUGCCAUUGAUGGUGGAGGUGGAAGUGGAAGUGGUGGAAGUCAGUUCCACCAUCAACAACAACAACAACAACAACAACAAAUGGCACCAUUAUCAUUCUCCUCAUCGUAUGAUGACAUCACUGGCGGAAAUGACAUCCAAAGCAUGUGCGGUACCAUGACUGGCCGAGUAUCCAACAACACCUCCAUGUCUCAAUAUCCACCCAUCUCUUUCCCUGGAAUGCACCAAGCCGACUGUCACUCUAAUGGCACUCACCUCACCUAUCCAUGA